AUGACACUUCAAGGACGCUUCAAGCUCUUUCAACCCACAGCAUCAUUCAGGGCCAAGCUGGUUAUAUUAUUAUACUGGAACCGGGCAGGGAAAGAGGUGCUGAACGAGCUUUCGAUUGUUAUUUUUAUCGUCAAAGACAGCUUGGACUGUUUCAAAGUAGGGAUGAAAUCUGCUUCAGGUUCCUGGGAGAGGCAAUCCAUUCCACACGCUGUGGGGCUCGGGAGGAAGAUGGAUCAGCGAUGCGAUCUCGGGAGCAACGACCGGCGCUUGGGAGAAUAUCUCGGCACCAGGGACGGAUACCAUAAUUUCCGGACGGAGGGCGAAGCUCUGCUUGAAACGUCACGAGCGGCUGUUGAAACGGAGAGCAAGCAGCACAACCCACCCCAGGGUGGAAGAGAUCCCAGUCCAACGAAUGGCCUCGAGCCUGAGGUUGCGCCUCCCAGGACGACCAGCCCCGGUGCGGGCCAGUUGGAAGGCUUUCCUGCUGCGCCAAUCACAAGGCAGAAAGGUGCAGCUCAGCUGCUCAAACGGGAGAAAUUCAUGGCGACCUCCGAGCCGAAGUCUUAA